CGGCGAGGUGAGUCGCUGACGGUUGUGGGGAAGGGCCGCGUCUCGCCGCCCCUCGAUCUCCGUGUCCCGGGCUGUCCGGGGAGGGGGACAUCACUUCAUCUGACUUUAAAGAUGCAGUUUCUUAAAGUUUUUCCAGCUACUGAGAAAUGCUUCUUCCUGAAGCAAAUCUGCAAGAACUACUGUUCCGCCAUUGCUUCUAAUUUUUCAUUUGUUCCUUCUUGCAUUCCUUUGGACUCCAUCGAGUUGGAGGAACUUCAGGAAUUUCUCCUUCAGUCUAAGAAGCUGUUUGUGCUGUCUGGAGCAGGAGUGUCAACAGAGUCGGGUAUUCCCGAUUAUCGCUCUGAAAAUGUGGGACUUUAUGCUCGUACAGCAAGACGCCCCAUUCAGCACCUUGAGUUUGUCCACAGUGCCAAGGGCAGGCAGAGAUACUGGGCACGAAAUUUUGUUGGCUGGCCACAGUUUAGUUCUCAUCAGGCAAAUGAUGCACACAAAGCUCUGAGUGAAUGGGAAAAAAUGGGGAAGCUGCACUGGCUGGUGACCCAGAAUGUGGAUGCUUUGCACACAAAGGCAGGAAGCCAACGCCUGACAGAACUUCAUGGCUGUACUCACAGAGUGAUCUGUCUUGACUGUGGGGAGGUAACACCCAGGAGUCGCCUUCAAGAAGAAUUUGCAGCUCUGAAUUCUGCUUGGACUGAAGAAGCGCAUGGAAUAGCUCCGGAUGGAGAUGUUUUCUUGACUGAUGAACAAGUCAAACAUUUUAGCGUACCUUCAUGUAAGAAUUGUGGUGGUAUCCUGAAACCUGAUGUCACCUUUUUUGGAGACACAGUGAACAAAGAGAAAGUCACUUUUGUCCAUGAACGUCUGGCAGAGUCUGAUGCAGUUCUAGUCGUUGGCUCCUCUCUACAGGUAUAUUCUGGAUAUAGGUUCAUCGUUACAGCCUAUGAGAAGAAGUUGCCAAUUGCAAUACUAAAUAUUGGGGCUACUAGAGCAGAUAAACUGGCCACUCUGAAAAUCAGUGCUCGAUGUGGAGAGGUUCUGCCAUGCAUUCUUCCCCUUUGACACAAUGCUGUACAACAGGAAGAUCCCAGUACUGCCAGACUGCACGGAGUGCCUAUGAAGAUCCAAAAGACUUCAUUGAGAAAUGACAUCUUCGAUGCUUCCCUGAGAAAUGGAAUGUAAUCACUACAAAGUUGUUGCAAAAUUUCCUUUGAGUAAAUACAAAGAUGUGUGUCCCAUAAAGUCUAUUGUUUCAAGAAAUCACCUAUGAUUCACAUCAUUGUUUCUGGUCUUCAACUAUUUUAAUUGCAUAAUGUAUUUCAAUAAUCUCAAACACCUUUUCAAUGAGAAAAAAAAUGUAGAUUUCUUAUUGGCCCCAAAAAGCAAACCAGAAUCAAUGGCUUAUUCAACUGUCACGUCAAAUUUCACAAAUCAUUGGCCUACAAUAUCGCCCAACUCAAGACAAGAAUGUAACCGUCCUGAAAAUUAGUUGAUCAGUUCUGCUUAUCAUCUUAACCACAAUAGUAGAAUUGUACAAAUCAUAGACUAAUUAUUCAGAGACAACCCUUAAUGUGUGUAGACAGUGCAAAUCAUACUUAAUAUUUAGUAACCUAGAGAGUUGAGCAUGUUUAACCACUGCAAAUCAUAGGAUAUUUCAAAAUCUUUCUUAUGCUCCCAACUGUCAAAUAUGACCAUAGGUUCAUAUAAACACAGAGCAAGG